CCCAGCAGCGUUUGUUGGCUUGUGUACAGACCAAGCUUCACACUGACUGAUUACGAGUACGGUGAGGUAGCAUGUUCUGCCGGAAUACUUGUACACUGAAAUUUAUUUCGGCAAAGCGGGCCGCAAUAUUCCCUUCAAUUGCUCGCUGGAUGUUUCAAAAUCCCCUGUGAUGGAGCUAGAAGACCAGUGGUGGAAAGGACAGCUGGCCAAAGAUAUUUACCAGGCGCUGCGAAACAAUGAGCUCAAGCUGCCCUCCUUCAAAGGCCAGUCCCCUCAGCUCAACUUGAGGCGAUACUUUGCAGACCUCAUAGCCAUCAUCAGCAACCACUUCCGACUGUGUCCCACAGCUCGGCACCUUGCUGUUUACCUGCUGGACCUUUUCAUGGACCGCUAUGAUGUCACGGUGCAGCAGCUCCACAUGGUCUCACUCUCAUGUCUUCUUUUGGCCAGUAAAUUUGAGGAAAGGGAGGACAGGGUUCCAAAACUGGAGACUCUUAACAGUCUGGGGUGCAUGAGCACCAUGAACCUAGUUAUGACGAAGCAGGCUCUCCUACACAUGGAGCUUUUCCUGCUAGAAUCCUUCCAGUGGAACCUGUACCUUCCCACAGCAGCUCAUUUUAUAGAAUACUACCUUUCUAUUGCAGUUCACGAGGGAGACUUACAUGAUGGCUGGCCUAUGUCCUGUCUGGAGAAAACAAAACUCUAUAUGGCCAAGUAUGCUGAUUACUUCCUAGAAGUCUCCCUGCAAGAUCAUGUGUUUUUAUGUUUUGCACCCUCCCUGGUGGCUGCUGCAUGUGUCGCUGCCUCACGUCUCAUCCUGCAUGUAUCCCCAACGUGGGCACCCCGAUUGCAGCAGCUCACAGGCUAUUCAUGGGAGAACCUAGUCCCAUGUGCCGAGAAACUCCUCAUUGCACAUGACAGUGAUGUCAAAGAGGCCAACAAGCAAAAAUGCCAGCCGCUCGGCCAACAACCACAGCAGCAAAGUCAGAAGGUCUUCCACAGUGCGAGCCAGGCAGCCCAGUACCUGCACCGGCCCGGCAUGCAGUAUAGCCAGCAAGCUACACAGCCAGCUUUAGCCGCAAACCAUAGGCCUGCCUCAUAUGUGGCCCGCACCACUAAUCUGCAGGUCUCAAAUGGCCCCCUGCAGGGCAGUUCUCAGGCCAUCACUGCUUCGUUGGAUCCAAAGUCUAACCUUACAAACAGGGCUUACCAAGUCGGCAUGCACUACAGUUGUGCUCCAUGCUAUGACAGGUGAUAGACUUUUGGGAUUAAGUGAUUGAGAAGAAACUAAAUUUCUCCAAAUGGGUAUGACACUGAAUGAAAAAGCAUGCUUUUAAUUUGUAGGGACUUGACGAGAAGGAUGCAGCACUUUGGAUCACAAGGUUUAAGCAAUGUGCAAUAUGCAUGCUGUCGCAAUUUUCUGUGGAGAGCCAGUAUUAGGAUUUUUGUUCUAUUGUAUGAGUGCUGUCUGAGUACCACUAGUGACUUUGCACUAUUGUAUUACUCGUAUCACAAUAAUUUUGUAUCAGGCCACAAUUUUAUUUAUUGAAGUCAAAGUACCUAAGAUGUAUUGAAAAGAAAGUGCCUUUCAGCUGUGUUGCUAAUAACUGCUCAGUUGAGGCAAUAAUAGCACGGGGUUCAUGUCCGUUUGUGGACAAUGAUUUUUUUUUGUGAGCGCAAUUGUAUUUUUCUGUACAUGUAUAGAUUUUUUGUUUACAUAUUUGUGAACUGUGGAAAGAAUCAGUUCACAUGCAGAGAAACUGUUGCUCUUCUGUAGACAUAUUUCAGUCAGUGCUGCGCACUAAUGCCCAUUUUAAAUAAAAUACAAAUCUCUGUUGAA